AUGAGUUUCCAAAAUCGAGGAACGUCUUCCCGUUCCUCUGAGGAAUAUGUGGGAGACCUGCGGAGUCGUCAGGGACUGACCACGACUACUACGAAUCGCGGGGAGGCCCAAUCGGGUACUACGGUUUUGGAAGGUCUGUCUGAGAAACUCCCCGCAUCCAACGGCAGUAGCGCCUCGGUGGUUGAGAAGCUGCGUGCCGAGAACUCAAAGUUGCAAACGGAUAUGCUCAGACUUGUGAAGCAAAAUCGACAGCUUCUGGACGAGAACAAGAAGCUGAAGGUGCAGAAGCAAGUCAUGGUUCACAGCGAAGAGGGCCUCAGGAGGGUUCUUGAUCAAGACCCCUUUGUGAAUAUGUCCUGUUUCGGUCAUAAUAACUACAAGAAUGUAUCGGACUUGUACUUCGAGCUGCAGCAUGAAAUUUGUUGGCUCGAGCGCGACGACAGAGGCCUCCGCCGGGUUCUCGAUGUGGUCAUCGUUCGCCUCUCCUACAAGGACCUCGUUCUUGUCGAAUCACACGAGCAGAUGUCAGACGGCAGAGUGAGGAGCCGCAAUUUGCUCCCGGGUGUCAAGAAGCGUCUAUCUGAAACCAUCGGAGCUGCUCUCGAACGGUGGAUCCAUAAGGAGUUGGGAUUGAACUUCGACUGUCUCAAGCAGGCGGCCGCAUAUUCUUACUCUGAGCAGGAGGCUGACAGCUCCCUGUCGUACCCGAUUCGUGUGUUAUUUCGUCUCCACGAAAUGUCGUAUCAACUGAUACCCGAUGCGCUGAGCAAGGAGCAACUCGCUCGAAUAGGACUCCCCAAAGGGCACUCUUUUCAGACUUCGGAGGAUCUGUGUGAAGCCGUGAACGAUGACUCUGAUAACAAUGCGGAUCACGGGGCGGUUAUUUCGAGGGGCGGCAGCUCCUCGUGUUGUGGUUAUUUGAAAUCAGCUGUUCACUUUUGGGGGUGGUAUCAGAUGUCUUCAUGGGAGGCGGUGAACUCUGCGAGUCGGCAGACUAAUGCAGCGGAGAACAUCGAUCUCAGUGCUGCGAUAGAUAGGGCGCUCGGAUCGCAUCCUAAUCGGGCCGUUUACACACAGCUUCUGCUGCGUAUGUUUGGUGCAGCUUUCGAUUGCACGAGGCUGUCUGGUGGUUUUGGUGGUGGUUUGGUGCUCAGAGUGCAGCCCUUCGACUUGAGAGGCCGGCGAGAAGAGCCCGUUAUAGUGAAGUUGGAUACUAAGGAGUCAGUGGAGACUGAAGUUGCCAAUGCUAGGGAGGUGUAUGAAGUCCUGAGCGAUCAAGCUGCUCGCAUCCUCGGCGAGCCGAUCUAUGUUGGAGACUCUGGGGCGUUUAAACUGGAACUGGCUGGUGCAUGCUGGCAUGUUCCGGAGCUGGCCAACAGCUCAACGACGCUCUUGAACACUUUCAAAGAUCUGUAUAUUUAUGAGUGUGAGCAGAUGCUCAUUCCAGAUACGGAGACGCCUUCUGCUCGGAGACCUUUCGGGAAUGUGAGCUGUGUGAUAAGUGAAUUCUUCGGCAGAGGCGGUAUAUUACAGUCUUUACGUAGUGGUGGCAUCUCUCGACAAGAAGAGAAUACGUGGGACUUCUACGCGAGGAAGAUAAAGGGUAUCAGUGAUGAGCGAAUGGCAGAGGUUCGAACCCUGGUUAGUUCAUUAUACAUGCCCGCCGCUGGCCAAAUGUUGCCAGCUAUCAAGGCGAAGGUGCAGCUCGUUAAGGACACCUUGGCGAAUAUGAAAACUCCAUGGCACGCCCUGGUUGGACUGGCCCAUGGUGACUUAAACGGCGCUAAUAUUAUCAUUGAUGCUAUGGAUGCCGUAUGGCUCAUCGAUUUCGCGACUUCUGAGAGGCUCCCGCUAUGCACAGAUUUGGCUAAAAUGGAAGUCUGUAUGUUUUUGGAGUAUGCGUGUAUACCUAUAGCCGUCAAUAUGCUUCUCAACUCACUGCAGGCGUGUGGUCCGCCGAAAAUGCACCCUAAGUUGAUGUCGGACUGGCUCAGGAUUGAUCUGGAGCUAGCCGAACGGCUCUACCCUCGUCUGUGUUCGCUGAGGGGUUCUGAUAUCGCGCUACAUUUCGCUAUUGAUGCUGCUUGUAAGGAUGGGUUUGCGGACAAGGCACCGAUGCUGAAGGGCCGGCUGACUACUGACGCUAAGGUCACCAUUGAUGCAGUUCGUCAAGCGUUGCAGUACGUUGAUAGGAACUUGGUCAGCACGGCACCACGCCACGAGGGUCUGAACUCAGCUUUGGAUUGUGAGCGGAAUACCUCUACGACCUCUACUGUGAAGUCAUCUGAUAUUGCUCCUCCUGGCACACCGUUGAAACAGCUAUCGAUGCCAGCGAUGUGUUUGAGACCAGACAGUGGCUCCCCGCUUCCCCCCAGUAGGGAAACUACCAAUUCUAGCUUUGUCUCGGCGACAAGUGACGACCCGCGCGAACCGCGACCGUUCGCGGAUGCAUAUGGUACAAGAAUUGGUGGUCGAUCAGUGACUAAUGACUCAUCGCAGGAGUUUAUGGAUAUUGUUGAUGGUGGCGAGGAGCUGGCGCCUCUCUCUUUGGAGGAUAUUGCUGUGAAUCCGGCAUCACCUGAUAGUCGGCUCCGUACAGGCUCUCUGCUGAGCUCGGCUGAGUUUGAGGAGGAGGCGGUCCGAUACAGAGCUAUGAUGAAGUCUCAAUAUGCUUAUGAGGUCGACUCGAUCAGUGGUCAUCAGAUGGAUGUGAUGCAGGCUUGUGCGAACUUCCGGUUGGUACCGUGGAGGGAAGGUGCUGGUCAUAAUACUAUGUUCGACAUAGAGCAGUGUAUUCGGCGUGUGGACGAUCGGCUCAACGGCAAGUGCUUCGCACGGCAGUUCUUGGUCUCUGGUGCUCCAGGGUCGGGAAAGAGCUGUUUGCUCAGAAGGUUGGUCAUCUACUGUCUGAAUAGUCAGAACGAUCUCUUGCCUCUGGUGAUUCCUGUGAGGGAGCUCGCCAAGAACUACGUCCUGUUGACUCAACAUACUGAUGAACGUUUGAGCACGUCGUCCUCUUCGAGUGCUGCUGCUGCCGGUGAUAACUCCUGCUGCUUGUUCGACGCUGAUGCCGACGGUCCUGAUCCAGAGACGCUGCUGGAGGCUUGGAUGAGAUCCCGUCUUGGCGACGAGUCGAGCCGCCUGUAUCUGAUGCGCAUGAUGCUCGCUAGCGGUCGGUUGUUGAUUCUCAUGGAUGGUCUCGAGGAAGCUGGCUCUGCCAAGUGUACAAUAGAGAAGCUACUCUCAUUGCUUGCUGUCAAUAAGCAUCGUGUCGUUUGCACCGUUAGGGAGGGCUACCUCAGUGAUCACUCGCAAGAGAGUCUGACAGCUUCAGGUUUUGAAGGCUCGAGCCUCUCGUUGCUGGAUGCUGAACAAUGUCGGUUCGUGGCUAAUGCUCGCCUUGGUCAGGCUAGUGCUGCGAAGUUCGAGGACUUUCUGAACGAGUUCCGGGAUAAGGUCGCCAGUUCGCCAGAGGGCGUCGAGUUCAUCAACACCCCGGCUUGCCUGAACAUGCUGCUAUGUUAUUGGGAGCAGAAGCAUCCAGGAUCGCUCUUCUGGUCGGACUCCAAUGCCAGCUUCAACACGAUGAGGAGGAUCGAAUCCCAGCCCCUCGAUGAGGAGGACCUCUCGGGGCCGAUGCUACCCCAGGCCCCUCCAAUGCUUGCGUCUUCGCCGAGCCGCAUGAUCAGCGGACUGUUAACGCCGACCGACGACGGUUCACAAGGCGAUCCCAACAGCUUGUCGAUCUCGGAUGUUUACCGAGUUUCGAUGUCCGUGUUGCUCCAGAGGGUUGUUAUGAAGCAUCAAGCCGACCGUGCUAAGGUGAAGGACACUGUUGACCGAUACAGAACCCUCUUGGAGACGAUCGCUUUCUUUAUGAUGGUCGAGCGGAAGAACCGUUUCUCGGAGGACGACGUUGUGAGAUGGGGUCUCGUCAAAUCUGAGUCUAACUCGGCAGCCUGGAGAGGUCUUUCUCUGUCUAUCAGUAGAGGUCGCCUGCCGCUCCUUGCUAGGCUGGCGGGUUCUAAGGAGACUUCGAAGCUAUAUCGGUUCGUCUUUGCUUCCUUCCAGGACUUUCUGGCGAGCGGAGCUUUGACAAGGGGCCUCCGGGACGAAGAAGAACUACCCUCUCUAGAAGAAUUGCUUGGGGCCGGCUCGCAUGGGGACGACUGGUGGAACACUUUUCUGAACAUGGUCGUGGACAGGAGUCCAUCGAAAUUCAAGAAGCUUUUCGAGAGGCGGUGUUGUAACUGGAAGCCCAGCGAACAUGACGGUGACACGCCGCUGCAUGCAGCUGCGCGGAAUCGACGGCUUACUAUUUUCGUGGCUCUGCCGCAGCUGAGCGAAUGUGUGCGGAAGUAUAUGAAUGUCUACAACAACAAAGGGUUGCUUCCUCUCCAUGAGGCUGCCAAAGCAGGCAAUGCUAUGGCUUGUGAAGCUAUGAUCUCGGGAGGUUACGCCGAUCUCUGGGCUCAAGCGAAAUACUCGGGCUGGGUGCCGUUGCAUUUUGCUGCUGCUAAUCACCAGAAAGCUGUCAUUGACGUUCUGCUGGAGGCCGCGAGGAAGGAAGGGGCUCUGCUCGGAAGUCGAGAAGGUCGCCGGGUUGCCCUGCCGAAGCUGCAAGUGUGUGGUCAUCAGUUAGCUAUGGACAUCGUCUCGAAGGACUGUACGCUGACUGAUGAGGAGUUCGUGUCGAGAGCGAAGAAAACUUUCCCUGAGCUCUCCUACUUCCGCGGGCGAAGCGAUACUACUCCCGAUCAAAGUGCUGCUGUUGCACUUGACCCAGCUGAUAUUGAGUUCCGGCGUACUAUGGGUGCGCUGCUCUCGGUAUUCUGGGUAUGUGCCGAUCGGUAUGACGACUUCGUGCGGAACCAACCUCCAAGCAACAGGCUCUCGAAGGAGAACUGGAGUCAUCUUCAGCGGUGGGUUAGGAACGUCGUUAAGCUGACCGACCCGCAAGAGCCAGACGCUGUCGAUGCGAUGCUAUGCUUCAUGUCGAUACAUGACUUGGGUAAGAUGAAGGACUUCAGAGAGGAGUUGGCUCCAGGAUAUCAGGACCACGACGCUGGUCUGUCGUACAUCCUGAGCAGGUCGCCUGAGGUGCUCCCGAGCUACUGUCGUCUUCCCGACAAGUACCAGCUCUUGAUCGAGACUUCUCUGAAGGUGGAUUUCAACUUCGGUCAAUUUCUGCAAGCUGAGAACCUGCCCGCGAACAUCAAGAAUGUGAAGUCGUUACUCGGGAAUAAGGGUGAUGUUGCUCUAGCUUUCUACCUCUUCCAUAUCUUCGCGGAUAUGGCCGGCAUUAUGGGAGCUAAGAGCCUUGAUGGAAGUAUGUUUAUGACAGAGACCAUGUUCAACAACUUCAAGAAGGGUCUUACUACUCUGCAGCUGCUAACGCACGAGACCAUGAAUGACACCUACGACUCCUUCUUGAAACUGCGUGCCAAAGAGCAGGGUCUUGCAUUCCAGACUCCGACUGACAGGGCGAUCAUCAGGUUAGCCUGCUGUUCGCGAGUUUUCGAUGAAGAGGGUGGUCGAGCGGUAUUGGACGCGUGGAAUCAGCUGGAGCCGAACGAGCAGACCAAGCUCACUGACUAUCUCAACCGCGACGGAAUUCACAAGUCGCCUGGUUUCCUUAUCUACUAUAUGCCGGCUUUCAUGGAGAACGCUCGGAAGAAUCCUGAUGUCGGUUUGGUUCUGGCGAUGCGCCUUCUCUUGAGGAUCUAUGAUGCUGCUGCUGUGGAGUAUGGGGUGUCUUCUGAACCUUACGGAGAUGCCUUGCACUAUCCUGGUUCGCAAUCAGAAAGGUCGGCCUCGGAGGAUUCGGAUGUUAUCACCAUUCACAUCGCGGAGGUCGCUGAACUUGCUCGCCAAUGUGACUCGGCUGUUGUCUUCAAGUCUACCUUUUUCCGCAUCCACCGAGCUGAGGGAGACCGGGGUAAGUGCGAGGGGCAAGUCCGGCUGGCACCGUGGCGGCUGUGGACGUCGGAGGAGAAACUUGCGGCACUGAGUGCUUUUGGCCGGGAAAAUGCUGAGUUCUUGCUGGGGGGUAGCUGCGAGCAGACAAAGCUCCUCGAUGAUUUCAAGAGGAUCUACCCGGAGCUGCAGUACUUCCGAGACACUAUCGGGAAUACUGAUUGUUCUCCUGAUGCGAUUCACCCUUCUGCUACGCUUUCAGACAGUGAAUCUGAGUAUAGGCGGACUGUUUGCGCGAUGCUCUGUGUCUACUGGAUCUGCACUGACAACUACGGUGACUUCACGAAGAACCAGACUCCAGCUGAGCGACUUAGUCAUGAGAGUUGGCGCAGGCUGCAGUGGUGGGUCAAGAACGUUGUGAAACUGACGGGUGAUCCCAUUGCGGUGGAUGCGAUGCUAUGUUUCAUGGCCAUUCACGACUUGGGCAAGAUCCGUGAUAUCCGAAGGGACUUGUCUCCGGGUAUUCGAGAUCACGACAAAGCUCUCUUGUAUAUCAUCGAGAAUACCCCCGCAGUACUCCCUAGCUAUCUGAGGUUGCCUGCCUUCUACCAGAAGCUGAUACAUUCCGCACUUACUGUGGAGUUCAACUUUGGUCAGUUUCUGCAGGGCGAAAAUCUGCCGGCCAACUUGGUGAAGGUGAAGACUAUGCUGGGUGACGAGGGGAAGGAUGCUUUGUCGUUCUAUCUGUUCCACAUCUUCGUUGACAUUGCUGGUAGCUCCGGCACCCGCACUUGGGAGGGAAGUUUGAACAUGGAUCAGUCUCUAUACAGUACCUUCCAGGAUGGCGUCAACUGUUUGGAGAUGCUUACCACGGAGAGCGUCGAUGAUGUGUACAAGUCGUACUUGACUAGGCGAGCGCGGGCGACUGGGGCAGAUGUGGUCAACAGAGCAGACUUCGCUCUGGCCCGGCUGAGCUGUCAAGCCCGUGUCAGUGACUUUAGUGAUGCCGAGGAAGUCACAGCUGUGUGGAACGAAGGGUUGACUCCAGCAGAGCGCUCGGCCCUCACGGAAUUUCUCACUAGAGAUGGUAUUGUUGGUCGCCCCGGCUACCUUGUUUACUAUGCUCCCGCUUUCUUGUGCAACUGCAAGCGGAAUGACUCCGUGGGCCUGUUAUCUGCUGUGAGGAUGCUUUUGAAAGUCUACGAGACUGCUGAAGACGAGUUUGGUGACGCUGCGCUGUACCAAGAUGGCUACGUCACAAUCCACAUUAAGGAUUUGGCUAUUCUUGGAGCUACAUAUUCUGCCCGAAUGCCCUUCGACCAGAUGAAACUGUUCCUGACCAAGAUUAACGCUUCCGAGGCGAUGGUCGAGGGGAAGCCCUGGAUUCCAGUCACAGAUGAAGCGCUACUGGCUCGUCAUCGGAAUGCGGGCUUGCGCUUAGCGCAGGAUAUCUUGAGCAACUCAUGCACAGAGACCGACUUCCUGCUGCAGAUCCGUUCUGUCUAUCCCGAGUUGGGCUACUUCAAGGGGCGGAUUGAUCUCACUCCUGAUGCCUCGGCUUCAGUACCGCUCGCUGCCGCAGAAGUUGAGAGUUUGAGGACCCAAGGGGCGAUGCUGAGUGUAUUCUGGGUGUGCUCUAACCAGUACGACCAGUUUGUGAGGGGGCAGAAUCCUAAGGAUCGUCUCAGCGAGCGCUCUUGGCAAGCUAUUCGGCAGUGGAUUACCGACGUGGUGAAGAUCAAGACUGUACGCGACGCGGAGCUCCUGGAUGCCUUUCUGUGCUUCACAGCGAUCCACGACCUCGGUAAGAUGAACGACUUCCGAGCAGAUGUUGUACCUCACGAAAUUCGUGACCACGACGCUGCUCUUGGGUACAUCAUGGACCACUGUCCUGAAGUUCUGCCUAGCUAUAAGAGCCUGUCCGACCACUACAAGGACUUAAUACGGACUUCACUUCGUGUUAACUUCAACUUUGGACAGUUCCUCCAGGGUGAGAAUCUACCGGCAAAUCUGGUCGGCGUGAAGCGGCUUUUCAAGGACAAGACCACUGAUGCUAUGCCCUUUUUCCUAUUCCACAUAUUUGCUGAUAUGUCUGGGAUUUUGGGUGCGAGAUCUCUGGAAGGAAGCCUCUUCAUGACUGAGACCAUGUACAACAACUUCGCCCGAGGAAUUGACGCCCUCCAGGAGCUACAGACUGGUUCUCCUCGGGAUGUAUAUGAUCGCUUUCUUCUCAAACGAGCGGCUGAGAGCUUCCCGAAGAUCACUAAUAGAGCGGAUCGAGCAUUUGCAAGGCUGGUGUGUCUAUGUCGUAUCUUCAACCCAGCUGACACGCGGCUACUGCAAGAUGCCUUCGACGACUUGCCUGCUGCCAAGCGUGAGGAGCUUGUAGAGCACCUCAACAGAGAUGGUAUUGACGAGAAGCCCGCGUAUCUGCUGUAUUAUGCACCAGCGUUCAUGGAGAACUGCAAGCGGAAUCCGGUUCUCGGUCUUGGUCCUGCUUUGAAGCUGUUGGUGAGAAUCUAUGAAUUGGUCGACGAGGCUUUCAAGGUUGACUCUACAUCUCCAAAGGAGGAGCCCGAUGACUCAGAGGUCGACGAUAAUGUGAAGACUGAGGUGGCCGUUUCUAGCAGUGUUGGAUGCACUACAGAUGCAACUGGUGCACCCUGUGAAGUUGAAAAACCUACAAGCUCGUCGCCUGACCACCUCCCAGGGGUGGUGACUGCUCAUUUGCGAGAGGCUGCGGACUGGGUGAAACAGUUGCGGGACUACUCGCAAUUCUCAGAGAAUCGGCUCGUUAUGCAACGCAUUAGUCCGAAUGAGGCUGUCGUCCACGUGGUAUCACUCUCUGUGAAUAUGUAG